GAAUUUUGUCAUAUUUAUUCUUUGAUGUCAAAUAUCAAAAUAGUCAUUUGUAUUAUUUUUCUAUGUAAAUAUCAAAUCAAAAUAUACGUGUGUUAGUGUGUUCUGUGGUCAACUAAAAUCACAUAUUUAGCGAAAUACGUAUUUUGAAUAUUGUAUUCAGAAUAAUAUUGAAUCAUGCAAUAUUUUUUGUUCACGCCUUAUUUGUUUGUGUGAAAACAUUGUUAAGCUUGCUGUAACAAUGGAGCAAACAGUCGUUAAAAAGGAACCUGAAGAACUAGUCGACAUUUCCGAAGGUGAUAUUUCAAUGAAUUAUGAUAACCAAGAAAUUCCUUCAACCUCUGGGAUAACAAUAAAACAAGAAAUCAAAGAAGAAUUGGAUAAUGAUGAAGUGUUGCUCGACAAAGGAUACAUCAUAAGUUUGCCACAAAGAUAUUUAAACAUACCUGCUCAUAAUUUUGGAUCUAAAAUCAAUAAUAGUGAAGAAAAUGACAACUCUGUUGAUGAAGAUGAAAGUAGAGAUUUGUCGUGCAAUAUUAAGGAAGAAGGAAUGGACAUUGACUUUGCUAAAGGAGAUAAAAUCUCCUUACACAAUAAAGAAAAAGAUGAGGAUGAAGCCAUGUUUGAGACAAAAAUAAAGGUGGAACAUCAUGGGGUUCAGUAUGAUGAAUCAGGGACCAACCAAGAAGUUGCAAAUAAAGAAUUAGUGGAGGAAACAGGAAAAGAAAUUGGAAAAAAUCCAGAAUCCGAAUUUGAAGAUACUUUUGACAGUAUCUAUCAGUGUAAAAACUGUUCAAAUCAAUUUUUCAACAAAGAAUUCUUGGAAAGUCACGAGGAAAAAUGUUUAAAACCAAGGGCCAAAAACAAGUUGUUUAAAUGCAGUAUGUGUUCUAAGAGUUAUCAAACAAAGAGCAGUUUAUUGGAACAUAGAAAAUACGUUCACAAAAAAGACCAACAGGAACAAUUUAAAUGUGAAAAAUGUGGAUACCAAACUUUAAAAAAAAGUCAUUUCAAAAUUCAUUUAAAAAUUCAUGACAAGAAUAACCAAUUAAAAUGUAAUUUUUGUGACUACACGGCUGCUAAAUUAUAUACUUUAAAUGCACACCUGUUGAGCAAGCAUAAUAAUGAAAAUAAUAUAAAAAUAACAAGUAAAAUACAUUCAUGCAGCAACUGUUCUUAUUUAACUGUUAAGAAAUCAACUUAUGAUAUUCACGUAAAAGCAUGUAAUAAAAAAACUCAUGAUAAAAUGUCAGCAAAGCUAUAUUUUAAGUAACCAAACAAUAAAAAUUAAAUACACAGUGUCGUUCUGCACCUUGUGGCAAGAGGUUGUCAACCAGCAGCCCAAGCAGCAUUUUUUGUUCCAAAAACCAUUACCAAAGUUGUGAUAACUUUUAAUUAGUUAAGUAUACUAAACAGCUACUUAAAUUUUUACUUAAAAGUAAUUCUAACUUUUAAAUAGCAAUAUUUUCUAACAGAAACUUCAUUAUUUGCUUAAAUGGUUACUAUAAAAUAAUAAACAUUUAAGUAAAACUUGGUUGCCCCCAAGAAGACUUUGCAACUUUACAAAAGGUGUUAUAAGUAAAAAAACGUUCAAGUAAAUAUAAUUGGUAGCAGUUACUUUCGGUUUCUACCUAAAUAUUACAUUAUAAUUAUUUUUACUUUGUAGUCCCUUUGCAAGUUAAAAUCUCGAAACUGGAACAUGAGUUAAAAACUACAAAGUUAUUAUUUUAGUAUUUGGAACGUUUAUGGUACUAACCAAAACUACCGUAAAGUAAAUUAAGGUGGAAAAAAACUUUAAAGUAGCGAAAACUACUUCAAAUGCUUAAGCAUUUUCCUUUGAAGUAGUUUUCGCUACUUUACUUUACAGUACCACGUGCACCAUAAUAGCAUAAGAGCACUUGUAAAUAAUGUAAAUAAUAAAUUAUUUUAAUUGUUGGUUGUUAACUUUUUAAUAAAUAGUAAUUUUGUUGGUAAUAG